AGUCAGCAAAUUUCAUAUUGCACAGAUUUUCCCCUCCAAAAUCUAAGAUCUUCUAUCAAUUUCCCUUCAAUCAUAAAUUAAAUCUACUCUAAUUUUAUCAGGCAAUUAAUUAAGGGUUAUUGAAAUUGAAGGAGAUCAAUAAAAAUGUUCAAAAGAAUGAAAGAAGAGGAAAGAAUAGAAAAGAUCAUUCGUGGUCUUUUAAGGCUUCCAGACAACAAGAGAUGUAUCAACUGCAACAGUUUGGGGCCACAAUAUAUUUGCACAAAUUUCUGGACAUUUGUAUGCACACGUUGCAGCGGGGUGCACCGCGAGUUUACACAUAGGGUAAAAUCUGUGUCAAUGGCUAGAUUUAGUGAAGAAGAAGUUAGUGCUCUGGAAGCUGGGGGUAAUGAGCGAGCAAAGGAAAUCUACUUCAAAACGUGGGAUCCAUAUCGUAAUUCAUAUCCAGAUUCCAGUAAUCUUCAUAAACUUCGAGAUUUUAUAAAGCAUGUUUAUGUGGACCGGAAAUAUACAGGUGACAGGGGCCACGACAAACUUCCCGCAGUGAAAACGAGUAUAAAAGAUGACUAUAAGGAAAUGUCUACAGCUGGAGCUGGAGAUGCUGAUAGAUGUGCAUUUGAAAAAUAUAGUCCAAGAAAAAGGAGCGAUGACUUGAACGUAAGAUCAUAUUCCAUGGAAGAAAGAAGAAGUCCCCGUAAUUACAACCAAGCUGGUAAGAGAUCUAGUAGGGAGAGGAGCCUACCGACUCGCUUUGAAAUAGUUGAUGACAGGUUCCGAGAUGAAGGAAGUGGUGAUGUUAAGCGAUAUCAAUAUCAUAUAUUCUCAAAAUCAGAAUCCAGGCGUAGAAGUAGGUCGCCUGUUUCACUAAACACAGAGGAGGUCUCUAGCCCCCCCAGGAUACGUUCGAUCAAUGAAAUCUUGGGUGACAAAGCUAUAGCUCUAAAGGUUGGUGAGUCUCCUAAAUCAAGUGGCAAAGUUAGUGAAAGCUCUGCUGAGGAUGAGAAAAUGGCAAAGGAAAAGGCAGCUGCCAAUCUUGGUAGCUUGAUUGAUUUGGAAACUGACCCUCAGCCUCAGGAGGCACAAGAAACAGAUCCACCUAAAGAGACUUCCAAUACCUUAACUCCACCUUCCUCAGCAGAUAAAGUUUCCAGUGUGAAUUUACUGGAAUCGUUGUUUCUUGACAUGUCAACUCCAGCAGUUGCGUCGACAGAAACACCAGCUGCUACUGAAGCAACAUCAGUUGCAACUGUAGUUUCUAGUGGUUUUGGACCUACAGUGGCUUCGCCCGAGAGUACCCUAGCAUUGCCUGGACCUAAUGAUUCCACCAAUGGGCAACAGACGCUAUCGAUCAAUAAUCAACAUUCUGCAGUGCCUAUGGGGGUCAAUAGCUCCAGUGUUCAACAAAGUACUGCAUCAUUUGACGUUUUGUAUGGUCAGCAAAAUACAGUCAAACCUACAGGAAAUGCUGAAGCACCAACUGCAAAUCAAGCUAACUCUGUGACAGCUCCGAGUACUAGUUCAGCAAAUGAUCCAAAAUCUAUAGGAAGAAAAGAACUCCCAGCGGACCUUUUCACAUCAAGCUAUCCUCCAGCUGUUCCAGGUUGGCAAUUUCGCCCUCCUGGAAUGAUGUAUGGCACGCAAUACCAUCCGGCUGCAAUGUCAAUUCCAGCUCUCCCCAACUCAGCAAAAUCAAGAAAUCCAUUCGAUAUUGGUCAAGACGGCCCUCAAGUUCAAGCACCAGAGUUCCCGUCCAUGUUAUCUAUGCAAGCAGCACUGCCAAAUCUUUCAGCUCCAAUAAGUGUACAGCCUCAGCAACUGCCUUAUGCUUUUGCACUGCCUCCACAAACAGCUAAUUACGGAAUGACAAUUUCAGGAGGACCAUAUGUAGGACAACAGAUACCGAACAACAUGGCCCUUACCGCACCACAAGGGAAUACUAGCAUUGGCAAAGAUGAAGCCGCCUUCGCUUCCUUAAAUCCUCUUCAACAGUCCAAUGGCACAUAUCCGACGCCUGCUACAUCGAAUAGUUUUUCAUCUGGGGGAGGAAAUCCAUUUGGAUAAUUGAAAAAGAAACAUACAUGACUUCACUUGUUCCAGUUUCUUUUAUCCCCACUCACAUAAUCUUAGAGAAGCUCGAAUCAGUCGGUCUGGUUAAAGCUAUGUUGCUCCGAUCCUCCAAAAACGCAUAAUUAUUUAGAACCUGAUAUGGGUGUGGCGGCGUUUUUGGAGGAUACAAGCAACAUGGGUUAAAAGUGUACAGAUAGCUAUAAAUUGAAAUGUGUAGCUGUUGGUUGUAUAUAUCUGGACUGAUUUGUAUUUGGUAAAUUGUGUACUUGUUUUUCGGACUGGAUGAUGUACAUUGGUCUUUUUGCACUUGUCCUUCUGUAUACUUUUCAAUUUUUCAUCCUGAAAAAGAAAAUAAAAGCACCUACUUCAUUAA